GGGUUUCCGACCAGAAGCUAGCUGGCUAGGACAAAGGAUUAGUUUAGCACUGUAUUGGCAGCUAGCUCUGAAUAUCGUUUGACUAUUGGCUAUCUCUACUGGAUAAAUGCUCCUCAUGACUAUGGACAAAGGACCUGGUCUUCCCAGUGACGAUCCCUCUAAAGGCAAACUGUCCAAAGGCUUACACGUGCCUUCUCUCAAGAAACCCAGUGCCCUCCCCGUGCUCAAACCAGUGAGGUCAACUGGCUCUACCGCCUCUAGGCUACCAGUCUCACCAUUAUCUCAGAGCUAUCGCGAGUCAUCACAGAAGAAGUCAAUUCAUCACGACAACUCCUCUCUCACGCAGUCCUCUGAUCAUGGCAGUGCAGCAGCAUACCAAUCCUCCAUUCCCCGACUAGUGGAGCGGUCUUCAGUGCGGGCGAGAUACCUCCAACCUCCGGGCUAUUCUCUCUCCAUGAAGUCCAGGACUCUCAGUAAACCUGAGGGUGGUAUUGCACGCAAUCGGCACACCAUACACCACACCCACGCUAGCACACGCCGGAAGGAGCAACCCUCACAUCUAGAGUCAAGUCUGGCUUCGAGACAGAGAGCCAACUCUAAUCGUCAUACCACUCCCAACAAGUACACCUCCCUCCCUCACAUUGCCGGGGGGGAGUCACGGAUCCCCCUCCCCAAAGCCACACCCCCUGCACUACCCCCAAAGAAGUCACGACCGACAGCAUCCAGACUGCCUGCUCCACAAUCGUACGCUGGUGCUAAACUGACCAGAGCUGAGAGCCAACGCUCACAGCCACAAACACAAAGUGAGCCUGAUUUUCUAAAACUCCCACAAGUGAUAAGCGGCCAUCAAAUACCACUCUCCCCGGACACUGUGCUGAGAGAGUUAAGAGGAGCCACUCUGACAGAGUUUGAGAAGACAGAGAUACUAGAGUACCCGGAGAUAUGGUACCUUGGACAUGAAUCCAAGAAGAUAAAAGGGGAGGUUGGAAAACCACAGAACGCAGGCUAUGAUGAUGAGAACGGGAGUUACAUCAAGGUGCUUCACGAUCACAUAGUGUACAGAUACGAGAUCAGAGAAGUGAUUGGAAAAGGAUCAUUCGGACAAGUGGUCAAAUGUUUUGACUACAAGACGAGUCAGCCCGUGGCAGUGAAGAUCAUCCGCAACAAGAAGAGAUUUCACCAUCAAGCACUAGUCGAGGUCAAGAUCCUAGACUCCCUUAGAAAAAAGGACAAGGACAACCAGUACAAUAUCAUCCACAUGAUUGACUACUUCUACUUCCGGAACCAUCUCUGUAUCACCUUUGAACUCAUGGGUAUGAAUCUGUAUGAGCUGAUCAAGAAGAACAACUUCCAAGGGUUCAGUAUAGCUCUUAUUCGCCGGUUUGCCUACGCUCUCCUACAGUGCUUGAAGCUCCUCCAUCGGGACAGAAUCAUACACUGCGACUUGAAACCUGAAAAUGUCCUGCUGAAGUUAAAAGGGCAAAGCUCGAUAAAGGUGAUUGACUUUGGCUCGAGUUGCUACGACCACCAGAGAGUGUACACGUACAUACAGUCAAGGUUCUACAGAUCACCAGAAGUCAUUCUAGGUCUUCCGUACAGCAUGGCCAUUGACAUGUGGAGUCUGGGUUGCAUCCUGGCUGAGCUGUACACUGGCUACCCACUGUUCCCAGGGGAGAAUGAGGUGGAGCAGUUGGCCUGCAUCAUGGAGGUGUUUGGACUGCCCUCCUCGUCACUACUCACUGACGCUCAGCGAAGGAAACUGUUCUUUGACUCUAAAGGCAGUCCUCGAUGUACCACCAACUCUAAGGGCCGCAAGAGACGACCUGCCACGAGAGAGCUGUCAUCAGCCAUCAAGACAACUGACCUCAUGUUCCUGGACUUCCUGCAGCAGUGUAUGCAGUGGGACCCUGAGAGGAGACUCACUCCAGAGGAGGCACUCAGACAUCGCUGGAUCGCAGAGGGUCAUACCAGUCACCCUCGUGGGAUACCUCGCUCAGUCCAUGGCUCCACAAACACCGCCUCCACAGCUCCACUCCAUCACAGCUCACACACACAUCUCAAUGGGCAUUCUGCUGCUGAAGCCACACCCACCACCAACAUCUCUCAUAAGCACACCCUCUCCAGUCCGGGUGUGGAGGGCACCAAGCCGCAACUGGAGACGUCGAAAACUAAAGAACCCUCGAGACUGAAUGGAUUUACAAAGAAGAGGAGCUUAGUAAUGGACUCUUCGAGUGUACGAGGAUACACACAUCGCCCUGUUGGGAGAGAGGGGAGCCUGGACAGUAAGAAGGGCUCCACAUUUUCUCCUCCAUCAACUGCCGACCAAGCUAAACUAGAUUCGAAAGCAGCCAGCCUUCUGCCCAGAAUUGUAUGACCUGUCUUUUUAUACAUUCAUAACAAUAAUAUAGUAUUUUGCCUGCUCUAUUUAACAUUAAUAAACUGUUUCUAUUUGUGCCUGCUAGAUGUGGUGUCUUUUUUUUUUUAAUGAAUCAACAAUAAUCGUCUCAGCAUCAGUCAUUAUUCAACAGCACCAUUGUUGGCUCUUGUCCAUUAUAAACAUUUUAUUAUAAUUAUUAAAACAAUUGCUCAA